AUGUCGUGGUCCUGGGGACCGGUUGGGGUGCUUACCGCUUCGUACGUGCGCGACGUAGACCACAGCAAAUAUAAAGUCACGGUUGUCUCCCCACGUGACCACAUGCUCUUUACACCACUCCUAGCCUCCACGACGGUUGGAACACUAGAGCAUCGCUCCAUCAUCGAGCCUGUACGGCCCCAGGCAGCCAAGAACGGAUGGCGAUAUCUUCAAGCGGAAGCCACAAACUUGGACCUCCAGCAGCAACGCAUCACGUGUCGCAUGAGCAGCUUGCACGUUUCUGGCGUACAGAAAGAUACGGUAAUUGAUUACAAUCACUUGGUCGUCGCCAUCGGAGCCCAACCUCACACGCUGAAUGUUCCUGGUGUUGAUGAAUCGCGUGUCUUUUUUUUGAAAGAAACUGAGCACGCUCGGAACAUCCGCAGUCACAUCCAUGACUGCUUGGAGGCUGCCUCAAACACGACACUCAGCCCAGAAGUGCGGCGGCGACUCACAACAUUUUGUGUGGUGGGUGGGGGGCCUACUGGGGUUGAGUUUGCUGCCGAACUUUCCGAUUUUCUGGAGCAAGACGCAGCUCGAUUGUACCCCGAGUUGACCAUGCUGCCCCAAGUGAUCAUUUUCGAAGCAGGCACAAGCAUCCUGGGCAGCUUUGACCAAGCCCUCUCCGAGUAUGGCCUCAUGCGCAUGAAGCGACAGCAUGUGGACAUUCGUUUGCAAACUCAAGUCAAGGAGGUCAAGGAUCAAUCCUUGGUUUUGAGCACUGGAGAGGAGGUCAACACGAGCACAAUUGUGUGGUCGACCGGGGUCGCACCUCGCAGCCUCGUUCAACAGCUCGACGCUAAGCAUAAGUCAAAUGGCUCAAUCGGCGUUGACGAGUGUCUUCAGAUUCAAGAAGCACAAAAUGCCUAUGCGUUGGGUGACUGCGCGAGCUUGGAGCGCCGUUUGCCCACCGUUGCACAAGUGGCUGAACAACAAGGCGCCUAUCUGGCACGGCACUUCAACCAAAACUUCUCAUCGGCCAAACCCUUCGCUUUUGCUAGCAAAGGCAUGCUGGCCUAUUUAGGAUCUUAUGGAGGCGUCAAGCUGAGUGGGUUCAAGGCUUGGCUUGUGUGGCGUGGGGGUUAUCUUACCAAGCUCGGAACCUGGCGCUCGCGCCUGCAAGUCCCAUUUGAUUGGGCCAAAACCAUGUUUUUUGGACGAGAUCCUGCCCGAUUUUAG